AUGGGUCUGUUCUACUUUGGAGUUUGGAGAAGUCUUCUUUACAGAUUGGGUGCAAUAGCCGCCAAGACAUGCAAGCCGGACAAUAGCCGCGGAUCAUUGAGCCCAAGGGAGAUUCCUCACUCCCUUGUUCUUGACUUCGUUUACCAAACCAGGAUAAAGCAUAGACAAGGGAUUUCAGUUUACUUAUUCAUUUAUUCCUUCUCCAUUCCUCCUCUGCGUAGUCUCACGCAGCGGAUGGGGUCAAAUUCGUCAUUCCCAUUCGAGAACCGAGUUGGGAUCGUAACCCUAGCAUCCCCACUGGACCCUGUGCAAGUGCGCCGUGAACUCGACGCACUUUCCCCAGAAAAGAAGCGGAUAUUUGGUAGUUCCGGUGCCUCGGGUCCCUGGAUUGGAUCUGACGAUCGGCAGCAGCGUAGCCUCCGCUACGGCAAACUCAUCGGCAAACCCCAAGCCGAUGGGUCAAUGUUCGCAAUCAUAUCAAUCAAGAGUCAUAUCAAUCAUAUCAUCAGUCCGAUCUCGGUUUCUCGGAGAGUUCUCGGUACCCAAAGACGGGUGAACGACGCUGACAGUGCUUCUGCUUCUAUUGAAAUGGCUUGUGAAAUGUCCAAGAUAGGCAACGAUAUGGGGAAGAAUACUUCUGCCUACUCAAAUAACGCCAAGCAUCUGCUGAAUGGACUUGGACCGGACGAAGAUACAUCUCAGAUAGAUAAGUAUGCAGGCAAACAGGACGAAGUCAUUUUGAAGAAGAUCAAUUCUUCGGCCCCUUCCAAUUGGUCACAAAUACGGAACGCCUCCCAAGGCACCCCAGAGCUUUCUUUAGGGAUACAAUCCACGGAGGCACUGCUAACCGAGGGGCUACAACUGCAAUCAGCCGCCAUUGACACCGGCUAUGAACAGUAUCCAACUACAUAUGCUACACGUUACCUCACUGGUUAUUGUGCAGCUAGAUUUAAGCCCAUUGUGCUGGCCUCAAUCUUUGAUACGGGGAUAAUUGUGCCAGUGAACAGGAUAGCAGAGAUAUGA